CGGCGGCGGCGGCGGUGGCCUCGGUGCGCGAGCAGCAGCUGCAGCAGGAGCUGCUGGCCCUCAAGCAGAAGCAGCAGAUCCAGCGGCAGAUCCUCAUCGCCGAGUUCCAGCGGCAGCACGAGCAGCUGUCCCGCCAGCACGAGGCCCAGCUCCAGGAGCACAUCAAGCAGCAACAGGAGCUCCUGGCUUUGAAGCACCAGCAGGAGCUGCUGGAGCACCAGAGGAAGAUGGAGAACCACCGUCUGGAGCAGGAGCUGGAGAAGCAGCAGAGGGAGCAGAAGCUGCAGCUCCUCAAGAACAAGGAGCGAGGCCAAGAGAGCGCCGUGGCCAGCACAGAAGUGAAAAUGCGUCUUCAGGAGUUCGUCCUGAACAAGAAGAAGGCGCUGGCCCAGCGGAGCCUCAACCAGGGAGGCCUCCCCAACGAUGCUCCCUACUGGUACCGCAAAACCCAGCACAGCUCUCUGGACCAGAGCUCGCCCCCGCAGACUGGUGUGUCCACCUACAACCACCCAGUACUUGGCGUCUACAACCCCCGGGAUGACUUCCCGCUGCGGAAGACUGCCUCGGAGCCCAACCUGAAGCUGCGCUCCCGGCUCAAGCAGAAGGUGAGCGAGCGCCGGAGCAGCCCCCUGCUCCGCCGCCGGGACAGCCCCAUCAGCACGGCCAAGAAACGCUCGCUGGACAUGGCGGACUCCUCGUGUAGCAGCGCCCCCGGAUCGGGCCCGAGCUCCCCCAACAACAGCUCCAACAACAUCCCCAACGAGAACGGCAUCACUGUGUCCAUCUCCAACAGCACAGAGGCGUCUCUGGCCCAGAGGCUGUGCAGCGCUGCUGAGCAGGGCUCCGUUAACCAGCUGUCUCUCUACACCUCGCCAUCCUUACCCAACAUCACCCUGGGGCUGCCCGCCACCGCCACAGCCACCGCCGCUUCCAAUGUCACAUCGGCCCAGCAGGACGGGGGUCUGCAGCCGGCCCUCUCCCUCAGUCCUCCUUUCCUUUCCGGCAGCCAUUUGCCCGCCUAUCUGGCCGAGGCGGGAGCAGGAACCGGUGGGCACGGCGCCCACAGCCCCUUACUCCAACACAUGGUGCUCAUGGAGCAGAGUCCGGCCCAGAGCCCCCUGGUGACAGGUGUCAGUGGGCUGUCCAUGUCGUCGGCGGCGUCCAUGGCCAAGCUCCAGCGGCAGCACCGUCCCCUGGGGAGGACCCAGUCGGCCCCCCUGCCCCAGGGCAGCGCCGCCCAGGCCCACGCCCAGGCCCUGGCCCUGCAGCAGCUGGUGGUCCAGCAGCAGCACCAGCAGUUCCUGGAGAAGCACAAGCAGCAGUUUCAGCAGCAGCAGCAGCAGCUCCAUAUCAACAAGAUGAUGGCCAAACCUAGCGAGUCACCUGUGGGCCGGCAGCACCAGAGCCACCCCGAGGAGACGGAGGAGGAGCUGAGGGAGCACCAGGACGGGGGAGCCCUGCCGCUGGGGGUCACCAUCAAGCAGGAGCCCCCCGAUCCGCAGGAGCUGCAGGAGGAGGCGCUGCAGCAGCACCGGGAGAGGCAGGCGGAGCAGGAGCUUCUCUUCCGACAGGCUCUCCUGCUUGAGCAGCAGCGAAUUCACCAGCUGAGGAAUUAUCAGGCCUCGAUGGAGGCUGCCGGCUUGUCCAUCUCGUUCCCGGGACACCGCCCCCUGUCCAGGGCCCAGUCGUCCCCAGCCUCGGCUUCCUCCUUCCCGAUCAGCCUCCCUGCAUCCGAUCCUCCCGUCAAGCCUCGCUUCACCACAGGCCUGGUGUACGACUCUCUGAUGCAGAAGCACCAGUGCAUGUGUGGGAACACCAACAGCCACCCGGAGCACGCCGGGCGGAUUCAGAGCAUCUGGUCUCGGCUGCAGGAGACCGGCCUCAGAUCCCAGUGUGAGGUGGGUCCACGCUGGAAAUGGCGCCGCCGGCGGGCGCCUACACCAAGCGGCGAAACCCAUCUGAGGGGCCGCGGCCACUGUAUCCGUGGGAGGAAGGCCACGCUGGAGGAGCUGCAGACGGUUCACUCUGAAGCCCACGUGCUGCUGUACGGAACCAACCCACUCCGACAGAAACUCGAUUGUUCAAUCACUCCAAUGUUUGUACGACUACCCUGUGGAGGGGUGGGGAUCAGUAGCGUGUGCCUCUGUGCGUUUCAGGUGGACAGCGACACCAUUUGGAACGAGGUCCACUCCUCCAGCGCAGCCCGCCUGGCCGUUGGCUCCGUAGUGGAGCUGGUCUUCAAAGUGGCCACAGGAGAGCUGAAGAAUGGUUUCGCAGUGGUCCGGCCUCCUGGACACCACGCAGAGGAAAGCACUCCCAUGGGUUUCUGUUACUUCAACUCGGUGGCCAUCGCGGCCAAACUGCUGCAGCGGAGACUCAGCGUCAACAAGAUUCUCAUCGUGGACUGGGACGUUCACCACGGCAACGGCACUCAGCAGGCGUUUUACGACGACCCGAAUGUCCUUUACCUGUCCAUCCAUCGCUACGACGACGGCAACUUCUUCCCAGGAAGCGGAGCACCUGACGAGGUGGGCAGCGGGCCCGGCGUUGGGUUUAAUGUCAACGUUGCCUUCACCGGCGGUCUCGACCCCCCCAUGGGAGAUGCAGAGUACCUGGCUGCCUUCAGGUCUGUAGUGAUGCCAAUAGCCAAUGAGUUUGCUCCAGACAUCGUGCUGGUGUCCUCUGGCUUUGAUGCGGUGGAAGGACACCCCCCACCCCUGGGCGGCUACGUUCUGACGUCUAAAUGCUUCGGCUAUCUGACCAGGCAGUUGAUGACCCUCGCUGGAGGCCGGGUGGUCCUGGCUCUGGAGGGAGGUCACGACCUCACCGCCAUCUGCGACGCCUCGGAGGCCUGCGUGGCCGCUCUGCUCGGACAGGAGCUGGAUCCGCUGCCGAAGUCUGUCCUUGAGCAGAGGCCCAAUCCCAACGCCGUUCUCUCUUUGGAGAAAGUUAUAGAGACUCACAGUAAGUACUGGCCGUCUGUGCUUCGCUACUCGUCACGAGUGGGGCUCUCCCUGCUGGAGGCCAACCGAGGAGACUCUGAGGAGGCAGAGGCCGUGAGCGCCAUGGCCUCUCUGUCCGUGGCCAACAGCAGCGCCAUGGAUCAAAGGCCAGAUGAGGAGCCCAUGGAGGAGGAGGCCCCGCUGUAAGGGAGGCGCCCGCCUGGGGUUGCAGGGCAACCAUUGACCUCUCUGGAGAAGAGUCUCGACUGAUCCCUUCAUUUAGUCCCCCCUAGCCCCACUCACCACGUCAGUCACCUCGAUUGGCGGCCCCUCGACUAAAGACGAGGGAGAGGGGGGGUGGGCUCAGCCUCAGAGGAGGGAGCCAAUCAGAAGACAGAGGACUGAACUGGAAACAGAAUUUAAACAUAACGGCGUUGCUCGGCAGCACCCGCUCAAAGAGACUCCUUUUUUUUUCCCCGUCGGUCUUCGCACCCCUGCGUUAGCCAGCGGGCGGGUGAGCGAGUGGCGGCGGCGGCGGGCCGGCGGGUUUGGAGGCGAGGUCUCGUUGAGGAGCGGCGUGACGACACUCCUGGGGCAGAAAACACACACGGUGCUUUACACAGCUGCCCCCGGGCCGCGCUGGUAUGGACACCAGGGACAGCAGACACGCCCCCCAGCUGCCAGUUUAGCAGCUCGGGGGGGAUCUUUCUUUCCACUUUUCCUAACUUCUUACCCUACAACACAGGGGCGUCGCGGCCACUCAGAUGACUUUUUACCGGCCGCGUUCACUGUGGACUCUUGUGGGCUUGAGAAGGCUUUUUACAAAGAUUUGACUCUGAGACUGUCGCCUCGCUGGAGCAGCCGGAGGAAGGUUGACGAGUGAGAGGGAGUGCCUUGGUGAGGGUCCGCUUGAUUUCAGGAUUGUUCAGGAAAAAGGUUGCCUUAAGUUUUAAGAUUUUCUCGCUUGGGAAUCGGAACGUGGGAGGAAGGCGGAGAACUCGAGAAAAAAAAAAAAAGCAAACAAUCUUUCAGCAUGUUUACUUGGAAUGUGAUGAAGACAACGUUUAUGUCUCUCACAGCCUCUCUUGAAGAGUUACUUUACUUUUGAAUGGAUCUAUUUUUCUGUAAAAAAAAAAAGAAAGAAAAAAACACGCAAAAGUAAGAAAACGCUUUGUAAAGGUAGUUGCCAGCUUCAGUAGAAAAAGGUGCAAACAUGGAGAAAUUUAACCGAGGAAUUAGAUGGCGAACUCUCAAAAAGGUCUAGCCUUUAAUGUAGCUUCCCUUUAACCGAAGUCAUCGCUUCAACACUUCAAAGCAUGCAGACGAGCAGAGGCCAGACUUUACCGUAAGAUUUAUUUUAAUGUUAUCCUAAAGAGAAAGCCAAGCAAGAAAAGCCAAAGCAUGAGUUUGCAUUUGCUGUUUCACUCCUCUUAAAGCAAGUGGACAAACAUUUCGCAUAUUGGCCCUUUAAGAUGAGGUUCCCAAUACCAACUUCAAUGUUUACGAAUUUAAUAGGUUGCAGAUCAGGUGAACAUUUCUUUACACUCUUUUGCUGAUCGAGGGCCCAUGCUUUGCCAGUUGGCAACUACCUUAGUGCGAGCUAAACAUUAGUCAUGUAUAUUGAACUGAAUAUAUUUUGACAGGCAGUAAUCGAGUAUUGUCGGUUUGUAUCUACAUGUAUGAUUUCCACAUCAAGUUGUCGAUUUACAAUAUCAGAAAUGUGUUUGGUAAGCGUGUCCGCUUUUUAUUUUUUAUCGUACAAGAUUAUUUUUCUAACUUUUUUCAUCCAUAGAUUUUGUUUGGUGUUUUUAUCCGUUUUCUGGAUAGUUAUAGGGCUGCCAUUCACACACUUAGUGCUGUCUUCAUUUCUCGUUCAAGACUUUCUUUCUUGUAUUUAUCGAAAGCAAGGAGCAACACUUUCUUUCUUUCUUUGUACGGCUCCCUCAGCCUUUCUGCAUUUUCAUCGACUAUGUAUUUAUAACAUGUACUGUUUAUAGGAGAUUUGUAUAUGGAAAAUUUAUAAAUGUACUCUAAUGACAGCUAUGAUAUUGUGAGCAAAAAACCCAGUCUGGUGUAUGAUGCUACUCCAUGAACUUAAAAGGAAAGCAGCAUAUUUAACUCGUCAUCGACUGCACUGUUUCCAAGUUGCCCUCCAGCGAAUCAUUACUCGGCACUGCAAUUGACUUAACACAUCCGAUCACUUUGUUGCCUAAUUGAAGCUUUCUCCUUUGGUGCAUGGGUGAUAUGCACUUACCUUUCGACUGUGACAACAUCGUUUUCUAUGUAGCUGGCUGAGUUUUCCGCAGCAGGAAAAGAAGAAGAAGAAGAAGGUGUUGUGGAUGUCAAAAAAAAGGAGAAUUUUGAGCCAGAUCAGGAUGGAAACCAACAGCUCAUUGUUUUUCUCUUUUUUCUUUUUGAAUUGAGCAUUUGCUGCACUAUCAUGUCCGCCACAUCUGUUUUCCUUCUUCACUUUUCCUGCUGGUAUAUUCAACUGAUCUCACAUAUUCAGAUCGCUCAAAUGAACCCCCACCUGUCAACGGUUUUGUUCAUUUAACGGCGAUCAAUUUUAUUUUGAGUUGGUAUCAUUUUAGAGACCUGUAAGAUUUGAGGCUCAGUUCCCAUUUUUCAUGUCUGACAAAACAUUCCACUUGUAACACAUUUGAUUUGGCUUUUUUUAAGUGAAUUUGAGGUUAUUUUGUAGAAACUAAAAUACCUUUUCUUUUUGCUGUCUGCUCGCGCCAACUUUAACUCUUUGCAUGGUUUGUGAGUCAGCAUGCCUGCUUGUCUAUGUAACAAAAGAAAUUGUAUUUGCACAAUAGAAGAAGAACACUGGAGGACUUUAAAGUACAACCUCCCAAAAGCACCAAGUGGGAAGGUUUUUCUUCCCCUUUGGUGGGCAAACUGUUAAAAAGACUUUGUCUAAAUGACUCCACUGAGACGCAUUUGAUAUUUUGACUAUCCAACAAAUGAUUUUAACACAAUUCAGCACUUACGACUUGUAUGGACUGUGUUUGAGAGAGACGUGCUCUGACAAACCUCGGCUGCAGUCACACCUUAGAAAAAGACUCUUCCAAAGAAUGUUCCUCUUACAAAGAUUUUUUUCAGCUACAACGGAUCAGAAAUUGCUUAAGAAAAGGUUUCAGGGAAGAAGAAAAAAAGGGCAUCGUCAUAUGAUUGUCACACCCACCUCGGCCAGUUCUAUAUAUAUAUAUAACCACUGUGGCUCAAGAGCAAUUCUUGGUUUACAUGUAAAUGGAUAGAAAAAAGUUAUUUUUUGUUUGUUGUUUGUCUCUCUUGAUGAAAAAUGUUAUCUUUCUUUGGGACCUACGCUUUGGACAUUUCAUCUCUGACAUCAUCUAUAGAAUAUAUUUCUGAAAAAUACAAACAUUUCUGCUU